ACGCCUCCACCUCAAUAAGAAAGCCACAGACAAACAGCCAUAUAGCAAGCUUCCUGGUGUUUCACUUCUAAAACCAUUAAAAGGUGUGGAUCCUAACCUGAUCAACAACUUGGAAACCUUCUUUGAACUGGAUUAUCCCAAAUAUGAAGUACUGCUCUGUGUACAAGAUCACGAUGAUCCAGCUAUUGAUGUCUGUAAGAAGCUCCUUGGCAAAUACCCGAAUGUUGAUGCUAGACUGUUCAUAGGUGGCAAGAAGGUUGGCAUCAACCCUAAGAUCAACAAUUUAAUGCCUGGCUAUGAAGUUGCCAAAUACGAUCUCAUAUGGAUUUGUGAUAGUGGAAUCAGAGUAACACCAGACACGCUGACAGAUAUGGCCAAUCAAAUGACUGAAAAAGUAGGCUUGGUCCAUGGGCUUCCCUAUGUUGCAGACAGACAGGGUUUUGCUGCUACCCUUGAACAGGUUUAUUUUGGAACUUCACAUCCAAGGUCAUAUAUUUCAGCCAACUUAACUGGCUUUAAGUGUGUAACAGGAAUGUCGUGCUUGAUGAGGAAGGAUGUCUUGGACCAAGCAGGGGGACUGAUAGCUUUUGCACAAUAUAUUGCUGAAGAUUACUUCAUGGCCAAAGCUAUAGCUGACCGGGGCUGGAAAUUUGCAAUGGCCACGCAAGUUGCGAUGCAAAACUCUGGUUCAUAUUCUAUUUCUCAGUUUCAGUCCAGAAUGAUCAGGUGGGCCAAACUGCGAAUUAAUAUGUUGCCUGCCACAAUAAUUUGUGAGCCAAUCUCAGAGUGCUUUGUUGCCAGUCUAGUUAUUGGAUGGGCAGCUCAUCAUGUGUUUAGAUGGGAUAUAAUGGUAUUUUUCAUGUGUCACUGCUUGGCAUGGUUUAUAUUUGACUACAUUCAACUAAAAGGUGUUCAGGGUGGUGCCCUGUGUUUUUCAAAACUUGAUUAUGCGGUAGCUUGGUUCAUCAGAGAAUCCAUGACAAUUUAUAUUUUCCUAUCUGCUUUGUGGGACCCCACUAUUAGCUGGAGGACAGGACGCUACAGAUUACGUUGUGGAGGCACUGCAGAAGAAAUUCUGGAUGUAUAGCCACAACUUUGUAACUGUGAAUGUCAAAAAGAGAAGUGGGGAAAGAAAAGUAUUAUAAAUUGUUUAUAUAAAUACUUUUAAGAAAAUCUACCUUAAGUAGUUUUAUUACUUGUAUGUUUUGGUAUCUGUUCUUUAAUUUAUUUUUGCAUGGCACUUGCAUCUGUGAAAAUACACGUAUAGUCUUGGCCAAAUGGUACCUUGCUACUAUGUACAAAUAGAAACGGAGAGAAUUGGUCCUGACAUCUACUUUCUAUAGGAAUGCUCUGCAGUAAACUCUUCUGAAAAAAAAUAAGUAUCCUCCUGGAUAUGAACAGCUUCUUACUCCAUGGUGUGUGCUGGCCUAGCAAAUCCAGGGUUCACAUAGCUAUUCUCCAGAUGGAUUGUACAAGUCUGUACCUAGUAAAAUCACAGAGUACAGCUGAUUUCUGUUUUAUCCCACUAAAUUGAGCUAGUAACAGGACCUUGGGAAAGAAGCUCUUAAAUGCUUUAUGCCUACCUCUUGUAGUUGCUGCAGAACAAAACGAAUGGAACCGUAAAAAUGCUUUGCAAAAACAAACUGAAGUAAAGCUGGAGUCUUGUGUUUAUAUGUAUAUAUGAAAUACUUUAGUCAUUGCAAUGAACCAAAAGUGGACUGAGUUUGAUAGAAUGAGUUGGAAGGAAUUACUGGUCAGGCAUGAGUUGUGGGCAUCUUUUGGCCAACUCUGAUCUGGUUCUGUCUUGAACCUUGUUAAGCACUGUGCUGUAACUAGCCAAGCUGGUCCCCUUCUCUACUUCCAUCCUUUUUUAAGGGUUGUUUCCUUUUUCCCUGUGAGUGAAUGCUUUGAUGGGGGUGGGUGGUGGGUUGCGUGUGUGUGGGGGACAUAGUAGUGGGUAGAAGGGAGCAGAAAUACAUUUCAGAAACAUUUCACACAUGAGCUAUUUUCUUACACAAUGUCUUAAGAAUGUAAUUUCAUGAUGCAGGUAUUUAAUAUCUUUUUAAAGUGAACAUACAUACCCUCUACUAGUCACAGUUAAAUAUUCAAUUGCGGUAGAUAUUGUGAACAUAUUAAAGGGCCGAGUGAGUUUGCUGUUACUGAUUAAAACUGUAAUCUUCAUUUAAAUAUCAAACUAAGUCUACUCUUGGCUUUUUGCCUUCUACUGUUAGUCUAGCCUUUAAAUUGGACUUUUGUAUUCCAGUGGUAUGACUAAAAGGACUAGAUUAUAAUGCAUGCCGUGUUUUUACCCCUCUCUGUUCCCUGUAGCUUGGUUUCCAACCUCAUUGUGAGACUUUCUAAUUUGUGGUGAACUGGACUUGUUUUCUUUGAACACUUUUUAAUUAA